AUGACGAGCUCAAGUACGAGUCGAGGUUGUCAUCCUGCAAGCAAGUGGAACGAGCUUGGCCUGCCUGGUCCCUUAGCUUCUGGUCUCGCGAGAAAACACACACACAACAGCGCCAUGUUCAACGUCAAGUCCGCACUAGCAAUCGAUCCAAACAUCUGA